UCACAUUGUUGCCGUAUCCUUGUUGAAAAGGACAUAAGAAGCCACUUAGCGCGCCCAACAAAGCCGAGAGUCUCUCCAGUCCAGCUGUGUGUGUGUGUGUGUGCGCGCGUGUGUGUGUGAGUAUCUGCGUUAUGUACCCAAUGGCAGAGGGAUGCAGAUACAGAUAUGCACCACAUACAUAGUGAUACCCAAAGACACCCCGAGCAUACGACCUGGUACUUUUCUGCCGUUGGUUGUUGGGUUUUGGUUAUUGGCUGUUCUGAAGCGACUUGGACUCGUGUUGAGUUCUUGAUGCCUCGUUAGUUGUUGAUGACACUUCAGUUUGGAAUGUUUAGAGUGCGCUGCUCCGCGGACCCGUGCAACUGAGAAAUCAAGGAAUCAAGAAAUCAUCUAAUCAAGAAACGUCUCGCGACCCUUGAACUAUCGAACUUUCGCGGUGAUAAACGUUUGCCUAAAUCGAACUAUGUGUGCAAUUUAAGUUGCCCUAGCAGGAUACCCGCCCAAAUCUUCGCAGUGCUCCCCACUAAAUAUACAUAAGCCUAUUUUUUUUGCGUGCUCCGAUCCCCGUAAAAGCUCCAAAGUGGCGGAGAAACGCAAAAGUCCGCCCACGCCGCCACCCGCGUCGCAGCGUAGCAAGUCAAACAGCGGUUCCCCGAUAUCGCACAGCGAUAUGACCACGUCGGCGUCCUUGGAGAGGACCCCCUCCAAGCGGGACCGAGAUCGCGAGCGGGACAACAGCAGCGGUCUGGGCAGCGCCGGCAGCUUGCCCGCCUCGCCCCAAAGCGCGAUCACGGUGAGCCCGUCCUCCCCGGCGACGCCGAAGCGUCCGCUGCGCACCUCAACGCCCUCGCUGGAGCGGAAGAGGGAGCGCGAGGAUCGGGAGGACCGCGAGGAUCGCAAGGAGCGGCAGGAACGGCAGGAGCGGCACGAGCGCCAGGAGCGCCUGGAGCGGCACGAGCGGCACGAACGGGACAGAGAUCACGAGCGCUUCGCCGCAGUCUUCAGCACCGCCAGCACCACGGUGCCCACGAACACGAGCUCCAGUUCCGGUCUGGCGCCCGAGCAGCUCCGCAUUCCGACGGGCGCAGCCGCCUUCAGCGGAUUCCCGGGACUCCACAGCAUGAGUAGCCUCAUGCUUCCGUCGUCGGCGGCGGUGGCCGCCGCAGCAGCCGCCCCCUUUCUGCCCUGGUCGCCCAUCCUGCUGCCGCCGUGGAACCACGCCCUCCUACCAGCCGCCUUCUAUCCGGCGGCCCUGCGAAACGCUCUGCCCGGCUUAUUCGAUGCGAAAGUGCCGUCGUCCCAACGCUCUGGCUUCCAUAUAUCGGACAUCCUGAACUUGGAGGGCUCCGAGCUGAAGAACGCCGCCGCUGCCGCCGCCGCAGCCGCCCAGCAUGGCAGUGACUUGAGCCACCACUCGGCCACCGAGUCCACCAGUGGCCACCGCGGCCAGGGAUCUCACACCUCGCCCUCGGCGCUCUCGCCCACGCCGGCUGGCGGUUCGGUGGACGAGCACCACAAUGGCAGCGGCACGGCGGGCGGAGCGGGAGAAGCGGACCACCACAGCACCACCGAGCAUCACGCCCCUCCGAGCCACGCACAGCAACAGCACCCGCACCACCAGCAGCAGCAGCAGCACCACCACCAGAACCACCACCCCCACCUCCUCCUCCCGCAGCAGCACCACCAGCAGGCGGUGGCCCCACUCCCUUUGGCGCACCACCAGAGCGGCGAGGCCCAGAGCCACGCCCACGCCAACGCAGCCGCCGCCCACCUGCUGGCCAGCCACAAUGCAGCGGCUGCGGCCGCCGUCGCCGCCGGCCAAUACCUGCCCAACCUGCCAAAGAACUUCCCGGGGAGCUUCGGCGACGAGAUGUCCUCGUACCACCACAUGGCCCAGACCAUGCUGCAGCACUCGGGCAGGAGUGCGUGGAUCAAGGAGAACGAGCUAUACGGAACCCAGCAGCCCGCCAGUCCGGAUAGCACCUCGCCAGUGACCUCGGAAGUGUCCUACACCUACAUAGGCUCCAAUUGCCAGACUUCGCCCGCCCUCUCCGGCGACUACAAGAGCUACAGUCGGUCGGCGGACAGCGAUGCACUGUCCGUGGGCGAUGCCCUGCACACCCUCCACGGAUCCUCGGGCAAUGGGGGUGCCGGCGGCGCCACGACCGCCCAUGGGCUGCACAACAACAAUAACAAUACGACGAACAACAACAACCACAGCCUGAAGGCCGAGGGCAUGAAUGGAGCAGGCAGUGGCCACGACGACAGCCUGAACGAGGAUGGCAUCGAGGAGGACAUCGACGACGUGGACGACGCCGACGGGAGCGGCGGCGGGGAUGCGAAUGGAUCCGACGGUCUGCCAAACAAGAAGCGCAAGCGACGAGUCCUGUUCACCAAGGCGCAAACAUACGAGCUGGAGCGCCGGUUUCGACAGCAACGCUACUUGAGUGCCCCGGAACGCGAGCACCUGGCCAGCUUGAUCCGCCUGACGCCGACGCAGGUGAAGAUCUGGUUCCAGAACCACCGCUACAAGACGAAGCGGGCGCAAAACGAGAAGGGCUACGAGGGCCAUCCUGGCCUGCUGCACGGCCACGCCACCCAUCCGCAUCACCCCAGUGCCCUGCCCUCGCCGCGACGGGUCGCCGUUCCGGUUCUGGUGCGGAACGGAAAGCCCUGCCUGGGCGACACCUCCAAACUGGGCGCCGACUGCGUUUCCGUGCCCUCAGCCACCGCCACCGCCAUGCAGAAUGCCGCCGCCGCCCAUCACCUGGUGGCCCUAAACGGAGCGGCCGCCUAUCAACAUGCCGCUGCAGCCGCUGCCGGUCUCCAUGCCCACGCCCAUGCCCACGCCCACGCCCAUGUACACGGCCAUCCCCACGCCCACGCCCACGCCCAGAGGGCCGCCUGGUGGUCCUAAUAUUGCUAGGAGCUGGCAUUCCCGGGACUGGGGGGCAACUGGACUGCAAUAGGCUAACUAGUCCGUGGAGCGAUGAGCCAGAAGCUGAGUAAAAGAAUACACACAAGUAAUUGAAACAUAUGCAAGUCCCCACUUCCCACUAAACACUACCCACUACCCACUACCUACUAGCGUUUAGUCUCCCGGAUUUUCCCCGAGUCGUUCCGUUCCUGUACAUAGUUUAUAUAUAUACAAUCAUAUAUAUACCCAAAUGACAUACACACGAGUAUAUCCACUCCCGGAUAUCAGACCAAUGCCCAUGACAAAAGAAAACUACAUUUCCUUCUGAAUAAAAAACCAUUUGCAUUACACUAGUGUCUCUUGUCAAGCGCAUUUAAAUCGCAUAAAAUCUAGAAGUAGACCCAUUUUUUUUUAUUUUUUUUUUAGACCUAAGUCCAAGCCCAAAGAUAAAAUGUGUAAAUAUAAUAUAAAAACGAAGUAAUAAAGUAAUGAACUUAGAUUAUUUCAAACGGCAAAAUAAUAAUAAGCAAUAUGCAACUAAAUCUGUACUAUAUAACUAUAACCAAUUCAAGCGUAAUAAGUGUUCAAAUUUUGUAGACAAAACUUAUUGGCCUUUUUUUUUCUAUGAAUACAUAUAUACUAUAAUAUAGGCACUUAGUCCUAACACAUAUUUUUUUCGUGAGUGUGUGCGUGUAUAGAGAGUAAAAAUCUUUGAAUUUAUAGCAAGUAAUGAGUUCAUAAAUUGUAACAAAAAAAAAACACAGACAGUGAACUGCGAAGUUCAUGUCAGAGAUUUAAUAAA